CCGUAUUAUUUCCCUCCUCUCGCUGCUUCACACUCCAGUCCAGCGGUGGCGCUAAAACACGUGUGUUUGCCAAACACCAUCAACCCGCAGAGGAAGAAGAGUAGUUUCACCGCGCUCUCUGUUGUUUUGUUGUGAUGCUGGUUUAAUACAAACGGUUAGAAAUAUAGUUUCUGUAAAUAGAAAAAUACAGUUUUUGAAUCAGGUCAGUAAAUGUCUGUAAUAUUCUCAUAGUCGUGACUAAGUGUUAAAUCAAGCAGGAAUAUCUGGAGGAGCAUCAUCUGAACUGAGAGCUGCUGUGAAGAUGGUGUUUGUUAAAGAGGAGUGUGAGGAGAACACAAGUGAACCAGAAACCUGGAGAAUAAAACAAGAGGAAACAGAAACCUGGAAAAUAAAACAAGAGGAAACAGAAAUCUGGAGAAUAAAACAAGAGGAACCAGAAACCUGGAGAAUAAAACACGAGGAACAAGAAGGCCUGAUGAAAGUGAAUGAAGAAAGACAAGAUCUGAAUGAGGUGGAGGAGAAACAUCAGUGUCAGAAAGAUCAUGAUGUCAAUGGUGAAAAAUCAAUCAGCUCCUCCCACACAUCAAUCACAUCAUCGGUGAAGCUCCUCCCACAACAGUCUCUUGAUCACUAAAGCUCCUCCCACAGCCAUUGACCAAUGAAUGCUGGAAUAUUCCCAUCAGUUUACAAGUGAAGACGAGCAUCAAAGCAUCAGGAACAGCUGAAAUCUUUUAUGAGCUUAUGAAAGAAGAUGAGAGAUCCAGAACCCUGCAGAAUCAAACACACUGAAGAUACUGAAGAACAAACAGAGCUGAUGGAAGAGAACGAGGAGAGUGAAGAACUGAGUGAAGUGGAGGAGAUAAAUCAUGACAAACCUGGAGAAAAACCUUUGAUGCUUUUAAACAAAACAAGAGCCAAGAAAUCUUUCACCUUGCACUCAGUGUGGAAAGAGUUUCCCGUACCAAAAACAUCUUGAGAUUCACAUGAGAGUUCAUACUGGAGAGAGACUGUUCACUUGUGAUCAGUGCGGGAAGAGCUUCAGAGGAAAACAAAGUCUUGAGAUUCACAUGAGAGCUCAUACAGGAGAGAAGCUGUUCAUGUGUGUUCAGUGCGGGAGGAGUUUCACAAUAAAAAAACAUCUUCGCCGACACAUGUGGAUCCACACUGGAGAAAAGCCACACGUAUGUGAUCAGUGCGGGAAGAGUUUCACAGAAUCAUCAUGUCUUAAAGGACACAUGAGGAUCCACACCGGAGAGAAGCCGUUCACAUGUGAUCAGUGCGGAAAAACAUUUUUUGUGGCAUCAGCUCUGAAGACACACUUGAAUGUUCAUGUGAAGGAGAAGCUGCAUUCAUGUUCUGAAUGUGGAAAGAGUUUUUCACGUCUGCAAUAUUUACAGGCACAUCAGAAAAUACAUACUGGUGUGAGAGAGUACAUGUGCUUUGAGUGUGACAAGACUUAUAUUUCAGCGAACCAUUUAAAGCGUCACCAGGUAAUUCACACUGGAGAAAAACCUUACAAGUGUUCACAUUGUAAAAAGAGAUUCAGUCUGUCAGCAUGUCUGAAAAGACAUGAGAGGAUCCACUCUGGGGAGAAACCGCAUGCGUGUGAUCAGUGCGGAAAAAGCUUUGCUUAUAAAAACUACCUUAAGCUACACAUGAGGAUCCAUGUGGUGGAGAAAUCAUAUCACUGCUAUUCAUGCAGGGAGAGUUUCUCUGUUAUUUUCUUCAUUUAUUCAUAUGAAAAACAAUCACUGGGAGAGAAACCACACACCUGUGAUCAAUGCAGGAAGAGUUUCUCAUAUAAAGGAAGCUUUAAGAGACACAUGAUGGUCCACACUGGAGAAAGAGACGCUUUAGCUGUGAUCAGUGGUGGGAGUAGUUUUCCGAAUAAAGUAAACGAAACCUCCAGAAUCACAUGA